ACCAUGGUAACGCACAGAGGAAUUGACGUCAGCCCUGGUGACUUCGCAGGGUUUUCCGAAUGGUGGAGUUUUGUCGAGGGAAGUUCCUUUCAUCGAGAUUCCCUGUAAACUGAGCAGGGAGUAGGGAGCACCCUGUAAAGGACACUUCGGAAUGAAACGCAGCCAUUGCUAGGCGACCGGAAGUUCGGCUGUGUACGUUGCGUGGCGGGAAUUUCAUUUUCACUUUGGAUUAGUUUACAGAAUGCGGUGAGGUCGCUUUAUGAGCGGUUUGAGUGAACACAUGCUCGGUGUAAAGUAGACACAAAGGUACACAUUGGAUGAGGUGCCAAUCCAUCGCAUGGCACACGCAGACACACACGCACUCAAAAACUACAGGCAAUUUGGGAACGCCGGUUAGCCUAAUCUGCAUGUCUUUGGACUGUGCAAGGAAACUGGAAACCAACCAAGUACGGAGAGAACAUGAAAAGUCAAUGCACACAGACCCAAAGGUGGGAAUCGUACCUGGAGCCUGGAGGUGCAAGGCGACUUGUCCCAGACCAGCUACGCACUCAUACAGUCAGCAUGGCAGCGGAUACGGUAGAGUACACCAUAGGAGGUGUGAAGAUAAACUUCCCCUGCAAAGCAUAUCCCUCUCAACUUGCCAUGAUGAAUUCUAUUGUCCGUGGCCUAAACCAUGGGGAGCACUGUUUACUGGAAAGCCCUACUGGCAGUGGAAAGAGCCUUGCACUUCUCUGCUCGGCCUUGGCAUGGCAACAAGCGCAGUAUGCUAAAUCCAACCAAGAGGGAGAAAGCUCUUCAUGUGAUGUAAAAAAGCCGUAUGUUACUACUCCAUGUCAGUGUGUAUGCCACAGUAGAGCUCGUUGCUCAUCCACUUCCUUCAGUACUACAGCAUCCAAACCAGUUGUGAUUGACCUUACUGGAGGAGACUCUACUGUACAAGUUGUCCCACAUCCGAAAGCAGCUGAAGGAACUCAAACCAAGGAAUCUACUCUGUCAUCCAGGCUUUCUGAGAAAUUUCAGGCUUCACUCACUAAACAGGUGGAAUCAAGUGAUGAAGACUUUAAGCCUGAUAGGAAGCGUAUUCGGGCACCUGCUGCUGAUCAGAAGCAAAGCAGGAAGCGAAGAUGUCUGGAAAAAGGUGUGAUCUUUGAAGAUGAGGAGGAGGAACUGGACAGGGCUGGUCCUGGGACGCAAAGCUGCACUGUGGAGUUGAGCAGUCAAGCCAAAGCUGAAGGCAGCCAUCUACCUGCUGAAUCCUGUUCUCCUCUACCUUGUUCCCUGUGUGCUUGUGCAAGCCUCGCCGAAGGGCAGAGGGCAGCUGAAAAAGUCAAGGACAAAGACAAGGAAGGCAAUGUGAAGAAGGCUGUUCCCAAAAUUUUCUUCGGCACACGCACGCAUAAACAGAUUAAACAAAUUGCACAUGAGCUGAAGCGGACCCUGUACUCCACUGUGCCUAUGACCAUUCUUUCUAGCCGAGACCAUACUUGUGUCCACCCUGAAGUGGUACCCCACGCCAACCGUAAUGAACGCUGCAAGGAGCUGCUGGAGGCCAAGAAUGGGCAGAUAUGCCGAUUUUAUCACAAUGUGCAUAAAAUGCGAGAGCAGAGGACUUUGCAGUGGGUCCAUGGACUGCACCAGGCAUGGGACAUAGAAGAACUGGUCAGUUUGGGCAGUAAGCUACGCUCCUGUGCCUACUAUGCAGCUCGGGAGCUCAUGCAGGAUGCUUGCAUUGUUUUUUGCCCGUACAACUAUUUGCUAGACCCUCUUAUCCGGGAGAGUAUGGACAUCAAUCUAAAGGGGCAGAUUGUGGUGCUGGAUGAGGCACAUAACAUUGAGGAUUGUGCUCGUGAGUCUGCCAGUUUCACCCUUAACCAGGCUCAGCUUCGUGAGGCCCGAGACGAUCUUGAGGCCAUGGUGACAUAUAACAUUCGCCGGAAUCAACAUGAGCCUCUUUUGGCCUUUUGCUGCAGCUUGCUCAACUGGAUACAAGAAAGCUCCAGUACUUUGCAAGACAGGGAUUAUGAGACUGCCUGUAAGGUGUGGACUGGACAGGAAGUUUUGGACAUCUUCCAUGGUCUUGGCAUAACGGCUAAUACAUUUCCUGUGCUUCAGAAGCAUCUUGAGGCAGUGCUAGAGAAGGAUGAGCGUGUUGAGCUUGUGAAUGGAAAUGAGCAAACAAUACAGGUUCCGACCAUCAGCUCCAAGACUCAGACUGUGCUCAAGAGCCUUUUCAUGGUGUUGGGAUUCCUGUUUCGACAAAACUGCAGGUUUGCAGAUGACUACCGUGUUGCUCUGCAGCAGAGUUAUGUUUGGACUACCCAGGAGGAUGUACCUGAUGCCCAGGGCUUUUUUACCAGACCACGCCGCCGCCGACAGACUGCCCGCACGAAAACCCUUGUGUACACACUCAGCUUUUGGUGCCUUAACCCUGCUGUGGCAUUCUCUGAACUGGGCUCAGUAGUACACAGUAUAGUGCUCACUUCUGGUACCCUCUCACCCAUGGGGUCCUUCUCCUCUGAGCUGGGUCUCAAAUUCUCCAUCCAGUUGGAGGCCAGCCAUGUCAUCAGCAAAUCUCAGGUAUGGGUUGGCACCAUCGGAGAAGGUCCGCAGGGCCGUAGGCUUUGUGCCACAUUCCAGCAUACCGAGACCUUCACCUUCCAGGAUGAGGUGGGUGCACUGCUGCUGAAAGUGUGCCAGUCAGUAAGCCAAGGAGUGCUCUGCUUCCUGCCGUCCUAUAAGAUGCUGGACAAGUUAAGAGAUCGCUGGAUGAACACUGGGUUGUGGGAGAAGCUAGAAAAGCGGAAAACAGUGAUUGCAGAGCCACGUGGAGGGGCCAAGAGUGACUUUGAUGAGCUGCUACAAACGUACUAUAACGCCAUUAGACAAAGUGGAGCCCGAGAUGGGGCACUUCUGAUUGCCGUUUGCAGAGGGAAAGUAAGUGAGGGACUGGAUUUCACUGAUGACAAUGCCAGAGCAGUAGUCACUAUUGGCAUUCCUUUCCCCAAUAUCAAAGACCUGCAGGUUGAACUGAAGAUGAAAUACAACGACCAGCACUGUAAAUCCAGAGGCCUUCUUCCUGGAGGCCGAUGGUAUGAGAUCCAGGCAUACCGGGCCCUAAAUCAAGCUUUGGGAAGGUGUAUUCGCCAUAGAAAUGACUGGGGUGCACUUAUUUUAGUGGAUGACCGUUUUAGAGCCAACCCCAACAAGUAUAUUACAGGCCUGUCCAAGUGGGUUCGUCAGCUGGUGAAGCAUCACGACAGCUUUAGUAGCGCCAUGCAGUCUUUGGUGUCUUUCUCCCAGAGCCAACAGGGAGAGGUAGAAAGCCACACUGAGGAGCUUGCUCAGACUAAUCCAGAGUCUCCCGGAAGUCAGUCAUCUGCUCUACAUUCCCCUCCCGAGCUUCCAAAACUACAACAGUGUCCGAGCUCUGAGAGUCAAAUUACUAUUACUUCUGUCACUCACCCCUCAGAAGCAGGUGACCAGAAGCCUUCUCAGCAUCAAUCAGAAUCACUAAUUCUUCAGUGUAAUGUGCCUAAAAUUAUCCCAAAUCCACAAACUAGACACACCCUGUAUACCUCCACGCCAGUCAGUUCUCGAUUCAGGACACCCAUCUUCCAGUCUAAAGACUCAAAGAGGGACCUGGACCAGUGUGUAAAUUCUGCAGCUAUUAAUAAGAACACAGUUCCCGCACCUGAUCAGGUAGUGAAAGUUCAGCCUGGUGUUGUUCCUGAAAACGCAUUUGAUGAAACGUCACCUGAUCCACCUCUUCAGCCACCAGCUCUGUCUCCUGUUAAUGUACCCACAUACUGUAAUUCUAAUCAGGACAUGAGUGUAGCAGGACCUGAUGAUGGUGAAGAGCAGGACCAGAGUAUCUUUUAUACCCCAGAGCUGUUUGAAGGAGAUGAUGAGGAGCCACCUGCGGGAACUAUAGAGGAAGCUGAGGAAUCAGUUACAGCAGCUACAGAGGAAACUUCUCUUCAGAUGGAUGAGCUUCCUUCCCUCAUCGAACAGACAAAUGAGAGACAAUCUGAGGGGUUGAUCAUGUCCAAGAAGGACCAAAUGAACAACAUUUCUGGCUUUAGUGAUGUUAAAGGAGCUGCUGUUUUUCCUAAAAGAGACUGUGGUGGGUCUGAGAACAUAGAAGAUCAGUCAGGGACAAGCAGCAGUAUUUGCAGUGAGGAAGGGGUUACACAGCAAGCGCACAUUAGCAGCAGCAGCAAAUUACGUAGGCUGUCCAGGUCUAGGCGGAAAACAUCAGGCAGAGAAACAGGUAAAUUCAUCUAGAUUCAGAUUUAGGGGAGCUUGUUGCAGUCAAUGACUGAAAAACAUUCUAAAUUAAAAAUUAUAAAUAACUAUAAAGCUGUAUCGACGAAAAUAAAUAUAUAUUUCAGUUAUAAUUGACAUUGGUAUUUGAGGGUGAGGGUGGGUUUGAGGGGUGAAUCUACAGUGUCUGAGAAUGGAACAAAGAUAAGCUGAGAGGGUUCUUACAUAGUUUAUUUUUCAUAGGUGACACUUUUACACUGAUGUUACAAGCCAGCGAAAUUUAGACUGUCCUUUGAAUAAAAAUAAGGUAAAUUUUGUAUAGCUAGCGAGGAACGCAAUCAAGGACGAUAAAUAACCACAGAAAAAAAAAUGAUGUACUGAAUAUUAAUAUACAAUAAAAUUUCAAUUGUGUUCCCUUUC